CCGGAGCCACACGUUUCCGUCUCAAAAGACUAAAGUGAAAAUAGGGUUCUCAGAUAAACUUACGCGGGUUUUAAAAUAGGUUUGUUGCAACACAUUUCGUCAGGAGAUUUACUGAAUUCAAAAUGCCGCCACCAGACAGAUAUCCAAUGUGAGAACAGCUUAAUAGAAAUAAUGAAGUGUCGCAAACUGAAACAAGGGCCAUGGCCACACCAUCUGCCUUUACAGCAUCUGGUGUUAGUGCUAGGCAUAGGCUUUCAACAGACCGAAUAAUUAUGGAAUUUUGACGUUUGCUCAUACAAUUCAAACUUUUGCACUUAAAGUUACUAUAAUCUGAAAUGUAUUUGUGGCAUUGCUUAGCACUAACACAAAGGUUAGUGAUGAAAGCAGUUCCAAAGUUGGAGUUUGUCAAAAGGAGGACUGCCUCCCAGUUUGGGAGAAACAUCACAGGAGUUAAAGGAUGGGAAAAAUACACAGCACUUGGUAAUGUUAUAAAGGGGACAAGGAUCGUGUGCUUCAAGGUGCCCCUCAAAUAUCCUUUGGUUGAAAAGUUACCAGAAGAAGAAAGAUUCACCCCAACGGCCUUGGUAAAAAAGAUGGCUGACUCAGGCCACAACCUUGGACUUGUGAUAGAUCUGACCUUUACCAGAAAGUACUACAACUCUAAGGAGCUGACAGACAAAGGCGUCCAGUACGAGAAGAUAUUCACCAAGGGGCAUGAAGUCCCCAACGACUUUGUGUUUGGCAGAUUUGCACAUGUGAUUGAUCAAUAUUUGGAACAAAGCUCAGACAGCACAUCAGUGGUUGGCAUCCAUUGUACCCAUGGUGUGAACAGGACCGGCUAUCUGGUCUGCAGGUACAUGGUGGAGAGCCUCAGUAUGCCACCUGAUGAUGCUAUUGCAGCCUUCAAUGAGGCACGAGGACAUGAUGUGGAGAGGGAGAACUAUAUCGAGGACCUCCGCACCAGGACACCAGGUGAGAAAACCCCAUUUGAUCCAUCUGCCGCUCCGCCUGAGGAUACCUCACCUGACACUAACAACAGAAGGAUGAUGGACAAGUUCUCGCACCUGGAUACAAGGCAGAAAACUCCUACAGUAAACUUCUGGAAAAACAUCGUAGUCCCUAUGACAACCAGAAUUCCAAUCAUUCACAGCAGAGUGAGCGAGAUCACGAGAUGAGGCCUCACCGAGGUCAGCCAAGGAACGACGGCAGGAGGUCACAACCAUGGCAACAGAGAUAUGGUGAUGGUGGUGGUGGCUAUCCAGGGAAUUGUUAUAGUAGUUACCGAGGCAAUGACAAUCGCUGCCACCAAGGUUAUGGGGGUUACCAAGGUAACAGGUAUGGUGGUUACGGUCAAUCUACCCACUAUGAUAGCCACAAACGUAGGCGUCGCAUGGCGGAGAUCAUUAUCAGAAUAAUGAUUAUGCUUAUGAUGGGAACUAUUCAUACGAUGUUGACUUUUCUCAAGAGGAAGGUCAUGGACAGAAUGGAAUGAACAGUAAAAAAAGUGCAUAUAUAAAGCAACAUUGGAACAAUGAAGACUACCGAAGCCCAAUGAAGUAUGCAGACUGGUCAGCUGAUGACACAGAUCGGUAUGACAGAAGUGGGUGGAGCAGUGGUCCUAGGGGUGGCAGGCGGAAGCAGGGGGGUUAUAACCGAGGGGGAUACAACCGAGGGGGUUACAAGCAGGGGGGGUAUAACCGAGGGGGCCACAACCAAGGUGGUUGGAGUUGAGGCUGUGACCCACCGGUGUGACCCAAAACUGCCUGUGAUGACAACUCCUUAUGUUGUACUAUUUUAUGUGUAUAUCCAUUUGAGUAGAUUAAUCUGCUUAAAAAAAUGUGUUAAAAAUACUCAUGAGAAAUGAUUCACAAGAAAAAGAUAAUUCCCCUCUGCAGCUUCUGUAUGUUUUGGGCAAAAGGAUAUUCCUAGCAGCUGCCAGCAUGACAACAUAAUAUGUCUGCUUGCAUCAUGAUGAAUAUGAAAACCAGGACAUCCUGAUCUCUUUGAUGAACAUUUUAGGACAACUGGUAGCUCACUUUUAACCAUCCUCGAUAAUCUCCAGGGUAUACAUUACGAUAAAUUUCACUAGUACCCUGGAUGCAUCUAUGGCUCAGCCCUAUAAUUUUAUUAUCUCCCUUUGCUGGUUAUGCCUUCUCACAGAAGCCAAUCAGAUACGCUGUUACAACCGAGCUUGCCAGUGUCAACAAAGAUAGCGGCCACAGCCGUGAAGAUUUGCUCGCUGUGCGACUCAGAUUUAGGGAAAAAAUCAUGCAGACAAACUGACAGAUCUGAAACCUUAAAAAAAUAUAUGCAAGAACUCCUAUCUCUUUCAGGGUACCUCUGCAACAAUUGUGUUGCCAAGUUUAAUAAGUUAGAUAAAAGAAGCGAAAGUGAGUUAUGAUAGAAGCCUUGUGAUUGUAGGCUCAACUUCCCAGCAUAGACACCUGAUUGGAUUAAAAGCUAGCAAAGGGAGGUAAUAAAGUAGACGUAUCAAUUAUCGAGGAUGUUUUUUACCAGAGGACCAUUUAUUGCAUGCCAACACGACUAUGCCAAGUGUUCAUGAUUGAGAAUUUUUGGGAAAGGAAAUAUUGUGUUGUGUGAAGCAUUAUUUAUUAUAUGCAUAGAAUGUGAAUCAAAAAGGUAACAAACAGUUGUGCUGGCACAUGACUAAAUUGGAAUCACUUAAACCACCCAGGUGCAAAUUAUCGGGUCACCUUCAUUGCAGAUGAUCUUAAAUAUUUCCAAUGGAUUUUAUAUUAUCUUCAGCCAUCAAGAAUAUGUUUUUAAUUAAUGCCCCCAAAAAUAUAUUUUAUCUUUAUGACUUGAGACUUUCUGGAGUAUCACUGUAACUUGUAAUUACUAAGUUUAUAUCUUUUUCUAGUGUCCCCCUCUGUGAUGUUGAUGGAAUAUUGCUAGAAGCGAUGUAAAACCUUACUCACUCGGUUUAAUAACUGGUUUGUAAAAAGCCCUUCACAAAUACAGGUCUAGGUUGAAGGUAAGCCUGGUCAAUGUGUUUUGCAUAUGUUUUAAGAAUAUCAAUGGACUAGUGUAACUUGUAAUACCAUGUCCUACCCAAAACAAGAAAUAUAAUUCAAUAGCCAGCUUAUGACAAGAAAAAGGAAGCAGGGGGUGUCGGGGGUCAGUCCCACAUACACAUUAUCACCCUUGAGUCACUCUGUGGAACAACAUCGCAGAGGUCAUUUCCAUCUAAUGUACAGGUUAUUUGUCUCUUAUGGCAAGCAUUGGGUACUGAGGGGUUAUUUUGCCUUGAUAUACGCAGUGGAGAGUCAGAUUAUGUUAAUAUGAUACAGAUGAAUAAAAUUUUUUGUAAAAUGUC